CAUAGCAAACGCAAAGCACAGUGUAUUUAUACAGGAGAUUAGAUAGGAUUGGGAACAGCCAUUAGCUCCACCGCUUUCAUGUUCCAUUUUUGUGGCAGCAUUAUCCACUUCAACCAGAAUGCUCCACUUCAACUCUGUUGUCAGAGGAAUGUAUGUUCCACUUUCUUCUCCCUUAACUCAUAUUUCUAACACUGAUUCAUGGCCACUCUUGAGCAAUGUGGUAGAUUGCACUUGCACAUUUUGCCCUCCAACAACCCUACAAGUGCUUCCUCAAGUGUCUAUGUUGAAGACUUCAUUCCCCAAAUUAAAAUUUGUUUGUUCCUCCCAAAGGGUUCUCCCCAUUGAAGAGCUAGCAAUAAAUGUUGAUGAUGGAGAAGCAUCUGUUGCUGAAGAGUACAAUCAAUCAAAAGUUAGCGAUAAUUCUUCUGAUUAUUUGAACAAUGGGAAUGGAAUUGUACGCCAUAGUGGUUCUCUUAAAUCUCUCAGUAAAAAGGCUCUCAAGGAAAGGAUUAGAAGAAUGAAAAUAGGAUUAGCAAACAAAGGAAGAGUACCAUGGAACAAAGGAAAGAAACACACUGCAGAGACCUGCGAGCUAAUCAAGCGAAGAACAUCAGAGGCUUUGAUGGACCCCAAGGUGAGGAAGAAGAUGGCUGAACAUCCCCGUCCUCAUAGUGAUCAAAUCAAGGCAAAAAUAAGUUGUUCGGUGAGACGUGUUUGGCAAGAGCGGUUGAAGUCAAAGCAGUUAGGGGAGCAAUUUUUCCUUUCAUGGGAACAAAGCAUAGCUAAUGCAGCCAAGAAAGGAGGAAGUGGUCAGGAAGAGCUAGAUUGGGAUAGCUACAAUAAGUUAAAACAACAAUUGGAACUCCACCAACUUAUGCUGGCUGAGGAAAAGGAAAAAGAAAAGCUGAUGGCAAUUGCUGAAGCAAAGAAAUUCAUUCAGUCAUGGAGUGCGAGCAUAGCAGAAGUAGCUAAGAAAGGAGGGAGUGGAGAAGAAGAACUAGAAUGGGAUAGCUAUGUAAAGAUACAACAGGAAAUGUUUCUCCUCUAUCAGCUUCAGCGUCUUACAGAGAAGGAAAAAGCAAAAGAUAUGGCAAGGGUAAAAGCGGAGAAAGAAGCACGGAUAAAAGCAAUAAAAAAGGUAAUGCUCACUCAAAAGAGAAAAGAUCGUCAAGGGAGGACUAAAGCAAGUGGGAAUAUAAAGAGUCAGCUGCAUAGAAAAGCAAAAGAAGGCAAAGAUGCCUUGGAAGUUUCUCAAGAGUUCAAACUUUGCAAUAAUUCAACUAAGGUUCACAUAAGUAACAACAUCAACGAUGAAGUAGCUAGAGAAGGAGAAGUUUUUCAUUCCAUUUUUCCAACCUACAGUAAGUUGGAUUUAGAGCUUAUCAAGAGAGAAAAAAUGCAGAAAGAAGAAUCACUUGCAGAUCAGAUCCAAGCUGCUAGACUCAAAAAAGGCAAACUCCACUGAUAAGAAAUCUUCUUCAUAUUCUGAUUACUCCUUUACUUGGAUGUUUAUAUACUUAUUCUAGUUUCUAUGUUGUAACAAAUAGUUAUUGAGUUGUAUGUAGAACAAGGUAACCACUAUUGGUAUUUUGUUGGUAGUACAAUAGGAAACUGGUCUGAAUAUUUAAUCUCAUGAUAU